GUUCGGCCCAUGGGCAAACGCUGAACAUUCGUGAGUCGAGUGUGGCGUCCGUCUCCUCUUCCCUUCUGGCCCAAACCCUAACCCUAAUCCUCAGAUCGGCGCCUCCGCCGACCGCCGUCGUCGCCCUGAGGCGGCGCCGCUGUUAGAUCACGGCGAUUCCCUCUUGUAUAGUUAGAUUUGUGACCUCCGGAGAGAUCUCCGUCAAAUUCUUUGAGGACGCCCCGCAAGAUUAAUUUUGAUGUGGUGUCUUGUGGUUUUAACUCUGGGAAGUGUUCAGAGGUUGUUCUGGCGAAAAGAUUCAUCUGUGUGGUGGAUUCCUUGUUUUAGGGUUUCCUUGUUAUCCUACGCCUCGUAAUUAGCUCCGAGGUUGGCUCUUUUUCUACUCCUGGAGGUUUCAUAUGUUUAAUUCUGUUUGCUUGGACACUGGCUCUUUAGGAAUGGGAAGUGAGCAAUCAUUCGGGUGUUGGGGUAGCUCUCUAAUAUCAUGGAUUGGUGGCAGUCAAUUCGGAGACGCUUCAGGAGGAAGCUAGCAAUCACUCAGGCAUUGAGUGCAGCAGAUGGUGGAUGACUCAGGAAUGAGGGUCAAAUUUUCCCCUCACAAUGGAAGUUAGUGACUCUGAACCAUUGAACACAGAACCAUUGGACACAGAGACAGCCCCAUCAACUACAAGGCGCAGGAGAAAGAAGUCAAUGGUCUGGGAACACUUCACUGUUGAAGUUGUCUCUGAUGGGUGUACACGGGCUUGCUGCAAACUGUGCAAACAAACCUUUGCAUACAGUAAUGGUUCAAAGGUAGCUGGUACGAGUCACCUAAAGAGGCACAUUGCACUGGGUUCCUGUCCUAAAAUCAAGAAUCUGGAAAAUCAACAACAUGCGCUUGCUUCAGCUACAAGAAUUGAUGGAGAUACAUCUGAUCCACCCAAAAAACGCUACAGAACAUCUGGUUUUGUGAAUGUUUUUGACCAGGAACAGAGCUACAUGUAUCUUGCAAAGAUGAUAAUUGUGCAUGAAUAUCCACUUCAUAUGGUUGAAAACCCUGCUUUCGUGUCCUUCGUUCAGAGUCUCCAGCCACGAUUUAAAAUGAUUGAUGUCAAUGCCAUGGAAGGUGAAGUCUUAUCUGUAUAUCACAAGGAAAAACAAAACCUCAUGCAGAUUUUCGGAACUAUGCCGGGAAGGAUCAGCCUCACUAUAGGUCUGUGGACCACUAGUCAGACUCUUGGGUAUAUUUGCGUUAGUGGACAAUACAUUGACAGUGACUGGAAGUUGCACAGAAGAAUGAUUAAUUUCAUGUUGGUAUCCUCACCUCACUCAGAAAAUGCUCUUAGUGAAGCAAUUAGUGUUAGCCUUUCAGAAUGGAAUAUGAAGACUAAGUUGUUCACCAUUACUUUGGACAACAACUGUUCAUCACAUGACAUCUAUAGUGCUAAUCUCAGAGACCAUCUUUCAAAUAAGAACACACUUAUGCUAAAAGGUCAGCUGUUUGUUGUACGUUGCUAUGCCAAUAUCUUGAAUGUAGUUGCACAGGAUGUUAUUGCUUCAAUUCAUGGUAUUGUGUAUAACAUCCGGGAGAGUGUGAAAUUUGUUAAAGCUUCUCCAGCACGGGAAGAAAAAUUUGCUGAGAUUGCCUUACAAAUUGGAAUUCCUGGUACAAAAGCCCUUUCUCUUGAUGUUACAACACUGUGGAACACAACUUAUCUUAUGAUGGAGGCUGCACUGGAGUACAAAGAGGCAUUUACUUUCUUGGAAACAUGCGAUGAUAAUUAUAAUGAAGCACCAUCCGCUGAUGACUGGAAGAAGGUGGAAGUUGUUUGCACAUUCCUGAAACUUCUUUAUGACUCGGCACACACUAUCAUGACAACAAUAGAUCAAACUGCAAAUGUAUUUUUCCAGGAAGCAUGGAAAGUCCAGCUAGAGCUGGCUAAUGGAACAUUGAGUGAGGACACAAUGGUGAGCAGCAUAGCUAAGGAGAUGCAUGAAAAGUUUGACAAAUAUUGGAAAGAUUGCAGCCUUGUAUUGGCGAUAUCUGUGGUUAUGGAUCCUCGGUUCAAAAUGAAGCUAGUUGAGUUCAGUUUUGCAAAAAUUUAUGGUGAAGAUUCUGCUAGAUUCAUUAAGGUAGUUAAUGAUAGUAUUCAUGAGUUAUAUCUCGAGUACGUUUCCCAGCCACUCCAAUUGAUGCCUGCAUAUGUGGAUGAAGGGGAGGCCAAUCACAUGAAUGGCAAUGACAACAAUCCACCUGCAACCCCAAAUUCCACAGGAGAUGGGCUUCUAGACUUUGAUGUCUAUCUCUCUGAGAUGGCAGUGAAUCAGUCGACAAAAUCUGAGUUAGACCAGUACUUGGAAGAGUCACUUGUCCCACGGAUUCAAGGGUUUGACAUCCUUAACUGGUGGAAGCUCAACAACCUCAAGUAUCCAACUCUAUCCAAGAUGGCUAGAGAUGUCCUGGCCAUCCCUGUAUCCAUGGUGGGCACAGGCUGCUCCAUUUUUGGCUCAGGGACUGGAAGCAGAGUGCUAGAUGAUUAUCGGAGUUCUUUACGCCCCGAGACAGUAGAGGCUCUUUUUUGUGCAAAAGACUGGCUCCAGUAUUUACCCACUAUGACAGAACCACCAUCAACUGCCAUUGUGAAAUUGGAGUUCUAGCGCAUCAACAAAAUACAUCCUGUAGCAUUACAAAUAAUUGCAGUAUUAGAUGAGGUUUGUCACCCAUGAUUAGUUGUUUCAUUUCUAGAGCAGUAAUUCAACGUUGCCAGAUCUGAACUUUGUGGUUGCUGUUUGUCCUAUUAGCAUGUUUUAGCCAUGUCCAGUUUUCAUCGCUCGGGACCGCUGCUUCUUUGGUAUUACUGAUUAUCCAAGAUAUUCUGCUUAAGCAUGCCAUGUAGCCCUCAAUUUAUGCUGUUAAUCAUUGUUUCAAUCUUCAAAUGUUGAUACAACAAUGUCAGAGGGCUCUUUACAUGCACCUGUUAGACACAAUCUUGGCUUGUGCCUCAAGUGAUGCAGAGGGAAGUGAUAUUAAAGCAGGUCUUGGUCGUAUGAGUCGUUGUUGUUCGGGUCGGUUCUUUCAAAUUUCUCCAUUGACAAUUAAUCUCUUAUUCUUAGCAUCUGAUUUUGACUCCCAGCUUGUGUUUAGUGGUAUACUUUUUUUUA